ACCUUGGUAAUGAUGCAAAAAAUAGCUGACCUCAGCAGCGACACCGGCCUCCUUUCCCCUUUGGAAAGAAUUUCCGCGACGGGAACAUCCGACAAGAAUGGAUUUACAAGCAGAAGGGUUAACUGCAGCAGCAGACUGUGUAACAGCUCCUCAUGAUCAUAGCAUGAUUGACGAACAGCCAGCGUCAGCGCAUACCUGGUACACAGCUUUCGUGUUUCCCCAAGCGCCUCAGCCCUUGUACCGCGCUACGCAGGAGUACGCAGGUUUCGCGGACAACUGCCCUAACACCAACUUCCUGAAAGGUGUAAAAUGGUCACCCGACGGCGCCUGUUUGCUCACCGCAAGUGAUGACAAUUGGUUACGAUUGUUCGACCUGCCCCAAGACGUUCGGACGGCGGAGCGGCUUGACCACGGCGACCUGCUGCUGCCUUGCGAGGCCGGCGCUGACUCACCAAGUACGGCAGCGAUAUACGACAACGACGGCCGUGCGUCUCGGAGUGAUGCCGCCGGCCCCGACAACUUGUCGCCCGCGCUUCGCAUGCACGCGGGCGAGACGGUGUACGACUACUGCUGGUAUUCCCGGAUGUCCGCUACGGAUCCUGUGUCGUGUUGUUUUGCAUCGUCCUGUCGCGGUCAGCCAAUUCACUUGUGGGACGCAUGCUCCGGAACCAUCCGAUGUUCGUACCGCGGCUACAAUGACGUGGAUGAGCCCACGGCCGCGUACUCAUUGGCAUUCAGCCCUGACGGUGGAAGACUGCUGGGCGGCUACAAUAAGAGCAUCUAUGUGUUCGACGUGGCACGGCCGGGCAGGGACUACAAACGCAUCAUCACGCACAAGCGAAAGCAGCCGGAGAGCAUUGCAGGCAUUGUAUCCUGUCUAGCGUUCAGCGCCGCUGGCGACGUGUUCGCGGCUGGUACUUACACGGGCGCACUGGGCCUCUUCGAUGCGCGGACGUACGAGCUGCUGCUCAUCCUCACAGGAAACCGCGGAGGGUUGACACAGGUUAUGUUUUCCUCCGACGGCAAUUACCUCUACACGGGCGCGCGUCAGGAUGACCAAAUGUUCUGCUGGGACGUGCGGAACACCUACGAGGCAGUCUAUACGCUGCAGAGGGACACAGCCAAAACCAACCAGCGAGUCCAGUUUGACAUCGAGCCGUGCGGCAAACACUUGAUCACCGGGGGCUGCGACGGUGCACUUACGGCUUUCGACCUGCAAAAGGGCAUUGAGAUCGACCGCCAACGCAUCGCUGCGGAUACGGUGAACGGUGUGGCAUUCCACCCCUGUCUAGACCUGCUCGCGACGGCAUCAGGUGCGCAACACAGCUAGCUCGACGCGCAGCGGUCCCCGACUCGUUCCGAAUGACAGCUACCCCCCAAGAACCUCAGCAUAUCAGCAAUACACAGGACAGAACUGUCGCAUGUCU